UCCGGAGCGCGCGCAUCGUUUUACAUGAGCUCAGCUUCUCCGUCUCCAUUCCGAUCAUCGCCAUUAGAUCUUCUAAAAAAAAUCCAUCGCCAUUAUUCUAUUGCUCUUGCUCGCUCGCCCAACAGGGACGCGUCUCUCUGACUCCUCGCCUCCAUCACACGUGCUACUACAAGAGGCAGGGCCGCAUCGGGCUGUCCGGUCUCCACUCCCGACAGUUCACCCGCGACGACCAGCGAGAGAGAGCCCAUACAUAUAUUGCUAGCUUCCAAGGAAGGAUUGGAUUUGGAGGAGAGGCGGCUCGAUUCAGAGGACCAAGAAGAGUUAGGAAGAAGAAGAAGCUGCAAGAGCACGCAAAGGGGGACGUCUCCUUCUCGUCUCGAGUGGACGCCGUGGGGAAAGCGGGAGAUUUUGAGGCGGCGACUUUGAUUGAUCGAUCGACGGCGCCGGGAUACGAUCACACGGCACGACUGCGCCGCGAGUGAUGCUCUGCGGCCUUGUCGAUUCAUGGCGAUCUCGGACACCAGCGCCAGCGGCGGGGCCGGGGCUCGCCACGUGAGGUGCCCCAGGUGCCGCAGCGUCCUCCAGGAGCCCGCCGGCGUCCCGGUGUACCAAUGCGGCGGGUGCGGCGCCAGCCUCCGAGCGAAACUCCGCAGCGGCGACACGCGGGACGCGUCCGUCUCCGUCAGUGCCGCUCCGUCUACGGAGAGCGUCCUGCCGUCUCCUCGCCGGAGCCAGGCUCAGGGCGGCUCCGGGGACGUGGCGAGCACCAGUGGCACGACUCCUGACGCUCCGAGCACCAGCUACCGAGGCGCCGGCACGACAAUACGACGCGGGGCAGGUGAUCUCUCGCCACCGGCGAGGACGCAUCCCUCGUCGCCGGUCGUCGAGAAGAAGGGGCGUGAUCAACACCGGAGCGCCGAUGAGGCCGAAGCUGCUGGCAGCUCUCAGCCUCGCGUGAGAAGCUGUGCGGUCAGUGCUUCCCACGCCAGAGCUGCCCCGUCUUCGGCGAGUGACAUACCGUCCCCUCGCCGGACCAAGGCUCAGAGCAGCCACCUGGCCCCCGAGGAUGUCGCGAGCACCAGCGCCCCCGCCCCGACUCCUGAUGUUCGAACCACCAGCCCCCGGGGCGCCGACGCGACAAGCCGACGCGAGACCGGCAGGGAGACGAGCGGCGAUCAAACGCCAGCGAGGAAGCGUCACUCUUCGGUGCAAUCGCCGCCGGUCGUCGAGAAGAAGGGGCAUGAUCACCACCGGAGUGCCAAUCAGGAGGACUUCGGACCUCGCAGGGGGAGGGGCGCGGUUAGUGCUCCCAACGCCGGUGCAAACUUCGCCGAGAUGCGAGUUUCAGAGAGGGGACGUGAAGCCGAGCCUGAAACUGAUGCCGCGAGGAAGAAAAGUCCAAGUCCAAGCAAAGCGGCUGUCGGAGAAGCUGCACCAAUGCCUGAUCGUUUCGCGGAUUCCCGGUCUGCACCGGCCGUGGUGAGCUGGGGACGGCGAGACGACGCCGUGGCGGAGCCGGUGCCGGCAGUUGCCGAGGGGAAGUCGCCGAGCCCUCCUCCUCGCCACGCGCAAAAGAUGAGUCCCCUCCACGAGAAGAUCCUGAAGACGGUGGACGAGCUGAAGGGCGACCUCUCCGAGCUCUUCAGCCAGUCACCGGAGGCCAAGCCAAGGACACCACCCCGUCCGCCUCGCCGUCCCAGGCAAGAAGGGCACGCCCCUCACCCGGUCACCUCCACCAGCAGAGCUCGCCAUGCUGCCGCCGCCGCCGCCGCUCUGCACCAUCGCGGCAACGCGGGCAAGCACGGAGAGGCUGCCCUCCGCGGUCUGCCGUCGCGGCGGUAUCGCCGGUGCCGGGCUGACCCGUGCGACGGCCGCGACGCGCGCCCUGCAGGACCGUGCCGGCGCAGCUGCUGCGACCACGUUAGGCCCGAGUGCGGCAGCUGCAGGGGGCACUGCUGCCGUCCGUCCAGAGCGCAGGAGCCCGCGCGGCCGGCCGCCGCGGAGGCCAAGAAGCGCGCGCCGCCGCCGAAGCACCACUGCCGGCCGGUCCUGAAGGGCGCGCCGUUCAUCGUCUGCUCCAGCUGCUUCACGCUCGUCCAGGUGCCCGCCGGCUUCGCCGUGGCGAGCGCCAAGGUGCGCGACCUGCGGUGCGGCGCCUGCUCGGCCGUGCUCUCCUACUCCUACCGCGACCCGGACAGGAAGAAGCCCGCCGACGACCAGUGCAGCACGGCCGGCUCCUCGCCCGCGCGCCACUUCGGCGCGCGGCCGGACCUGUUCUCGUUCAUCGAGGACUUCGCUGGGGCGAGCAGCUACUCCACCACGGAGGACGAGCAGCCGCUGCACGUGUCGAGGAACUCGUCGUUCGACACCGUCGUCGCGGCGGGGGAGGAGACGGCGGCCGCGCGGCGGCACAGCCACAGCCUGCACCGUCUCAUGGGGUACGGGUCGGCGAGCGAGCUGCUGCUGCGGCGCUCCCCGAGCCUGUACGAGUACGGGAGCCCCGACAAGAGGUCGACGCCGCCGUCGGACGCGAGCAGGCGGCACGACGACAGGAAGGGGAAAGGCAUCUGCGUGGACGACUUCACCGGCGACGAGGACUCGGACGACAGUGCCACGCUGAGGCGAUCGAACGGGAGAAGAGCUGGCUGGAGGCCCGGCCAGGGGGUUCCGGCGGGAGCCAUCAGGAUCAGGUAGCAGCAGAGGAGCUCGGCUCCUCGUAUAUAGUGUAGAAAAAAGAUAGGUUCAGUUCAGGCGAUGGAAUUCUAAUGGUAUUUUUCAGGUGUUGGAAUUCUGAUAGACAGAGUAAUUGUUGUUUGGAUUUACCAUUUGGUUAGAUGGGUGAGGUGGUGUGCAUAUUUGGUUGAUUUCUUCAUUUUGAGUGCGGCAAUGUUGCAGAAAUGUAGAUAGUCUCUCCAUGCUGAGGACAUGGGAAUAUCUUCACGUCCUUUCUGAAAAUUUUAACUGACCAAGUACAGUUCUAAAAUCAA